AUGUCUACAUUGGACCCUUCAACUGGAUUCACUUGCGUUGCUUGCCACCUAGUAUUCAAAACUCCAGAGCUUCAAAGGGACCAUUAUAAAACAGACUGGCAUAGAUACAAUUUGAAAAGACAGGUUGCCGAACUACCACCAGUGACUGACGAGCAGUUCCGUGAAAAGGUUUUAGCGUUUAGAAGUGAACGAGAGGCGCAAAAGAAAGAGCAGGAAGAAGCUUCAUCACUGUAUUGUUCCGUGUGCCGAAAGAAGUUGAAGUCGAGAAAUGCAAUGGCCGAUCACAUUGCUAGCAAGAAGCAUAAGGAAAUGGAAGAGAAGGAACCAAAAGGGCCGAGGCAACCAAGGAAGAAGACAGCCGAGCAGCUUUCUACAGCCACGUCAAAAGAAGAGGAUGAUCUAAAUAUGGGUACAAAAGAAGAGGAUGAUCUAAGUAUGGGUAUUGUGGAUGAUGAUGAGGACGAUGACAGCAGUUCAGGAUGGGUGACAGAUAAUGGAGAAGAUGACGAAGAUCUUGAUUUUGACGAAAGCGAGGCCCUACCUAUCACCUCGUGUCUUUUCUGUCCGCAGACAAAAACUACAAAAGAGGAAUCACUUGAACACAUGCGAUUCCACCAUGGGUUCGUUUUGCCAGACAAAAAGUACCUUGUUGACGAAGAUGGGAUGCUGAAGUACUUGGGGCUCAAAGUAGGAGCGGGAAGAUGUUGUAUAUUCUGCCCUGACAUCAGAAGCCGCUUCGCAAGUACGACAGCUUGUCAGACACACAUGCGAGACAAGCAGCAUUGUAAAGUGAAUCGUGACCCAGAAGGAAUGUUGGAGUUCGCCGAAUACUACGAUUACAGACUCGAGUUGAUAAUGAUUGUUCCCAUACUUCCCUUGGAAAUGAACUAUAUGAACACUAUUGUCUGUCUUUGUAGUCCCAUGUACGAUAACGACAAUGAUGAAGCAUCUUCUGAUGCUUUCUACGAUGACGGGUGGAGUCUCACAUUACCAUCAGGCGCAAAGAUAGGGCAUCGGUCGCUGAUGUUGUACUAUCGCCAGUACCUUCGCCCGACAGAUGGAACGAAACCGGAUGUUGGAAAAACCGCUAUUGAGAAGGCUCGUGGACUAUAUCCUGCUCUGGCUUGGACCGGUACCACAGGUGUUGUUGCGAAACAAACCGCUAAGGACAUCAAGUUCAUGCAGCGUUAUCGAAAACGCUUCGAUCUGCGAGUUGGAUUGAAGUCGAACAAGUUGUUCAAAUCUCGAGGGCGAAUGGGUGAUAACUAA